AUGUUUCGAAUAUGCGCAAAAAGAUGUAUUUCGAGUUGCAAAAUCGACGCAUCCACUUCGUCCACCAUAGUUUUUGAUCGAAAUAUGAAACGAAUGCAAAGAGAUUGGGCUGUUCAACAAACCGAAUUCAAAUCUGCGCAAUAUUUGAAAGAAGAAAUUGGUUGGAGAGUUGCGGAUAAAGUUUUCGAUUUGACCAAAUUCAACGAUUUGGUACUGGAUAUUGGAUGUGGAAUUGGACAGAUUGCACCGCAUUUGAUCAAGGAAAAUGUUGGAAAAAUUAUACAAGUAAUUUAUUUUGUGGGUGGAAAAAUUCGCAAAUUUUUUAAAAAUUUUAUUUUCAGUUUUGCAUUUUUUUUGGGUUUUAGGGUUUUUUUUUUAAAUCGGGAAUUUUUUGAAUUUUAAGAGUCCAAAUUCCAUUUCUCUAGAUUUUCUUGACUUUGUCCAGCCUUCUAGAAAAACUUCUAGAAAAAAUUUAAAUUAAUACGAAAAAAUUUAUCAGAAAACCACAAAUAGCUGAACUUUUUGAGAAUAUAAAGUUUUCUGGUUCAAAAUAUCUUGAGCUUUUCUGACUAAAUUUUUUUCCCAAAAAAACCCCUACAGUAACCCUAUGUUCCUUUAAUUCAGGUUGAUCUGAGCGGAGGAAUGGUUCAAGAAAGUAAUGGUUGUGAUGACGAAGAAGUUAUAAUUGAAAGAAGAAGGGUUGAUGAGGAAACACUUGAUGGAUUCGAGGAAAAUCAAUUUGAUCUACUUUUAACUUCAAUGUCAGCACAUUGGAUCAAUCAUUUACCUCAAUGGUAAUUUUUUAGUUUUUUCAUAGACUUCGUGCUCAAAAUUUGAAAUUUCCAGGUUUCGAAAAUGUCACAAUAUUUUGAAACCAGAUUGUCCAUUUAUUGGUUCAAUGCUUGGCGAAGAUACUCUUUAUGAACUUCGAUGUUCUCUUCAAUUAGCUGAAAUGGAAAGACUUGGUGGAAUUGGCUCACACAUUUCUCCAUUUGUUCGAGCACAAGAUAUUGGUGGAUUACUAUCUUCAGCUGGUUUUGAUAUGAUUACAUUGGAUACGGAUGAAAUUGAAGUUGGAUAUCCGAAUAUGUUCUCAUUAUUAUAUGAUCUUCAGUUGAUGGGAGAAUCAAAUUGUACAAUUAGAAGGAGUCCAACAAUUCGGAGAGAUGUUUUGAUUGCGGCAGAAUCUAUUUAUAAGGUAUUUUUGGAUUUGGGAAGAGAACAUGUUUUAGUAGAUCAGAAACUGCAUCUGAAAAUGAGUUGUGACGUGGCAAAGUUGUUUUUUCUGAAAGAUUUCUCGAACUUUUUACAAACAAAUCCAAAUUUCAGUCAAUGUACGCAAAAGAUGACAUAUAUCCAGCCACAUUCAAAGUCGUCUCAUUCAUCGGCUGGAAACCUGGUCCGAAAAUGCCGAAACCUGCAAAACGUGGAUCACAAUCAGUUUCGUUGAAAGAUAUUGGAAAAAUUGUGGAAGAUCCUGAACUAAUGAAGAAAAUUAGUGAAGAUAAUAAUAAAAAAUAG